AUCCCGUCAGAUUCCGCAUCCACCAAGAUGGAGAACCCAUCAGAUCUCGCAUCCACCAAAAUGGAGAGUGCUUCAUAUUCAACAUUGACCAAGAUGGAGAUCCCAUCAGAUUCUGCAUCCACCAAGAUGGAUAGCGCGUCAGAUUCAGCAUCGACUUUACCUGACACUCCUGAGAAGAGUGAGAAUCCACCAUCAUCCCAAACAAAUAGUUCAGGAAAACAACCUAUGAGUGGAACACUUAAAGAAAGGUUAAAGAAAACAAGGGCUUCGUCUCAUUCCUUUUGUAGCGUGGUGAAGCGACUUAAAGUGGAGAAUGAAGAAAACGACGAGGCCAUAUCAGAGCCAGGAGCAUCUUCCAAAGAGAAAAGCUGCUCGGAGGUCCAAGAAAGUGUGAAACGCAUGGACAGUGAAUCUGAGAAAGAUAGCUCGGAGAGUAAAAACACACGCAAGUCUCAGUCACCUGACACUGGGUCGUCCAGCGCCCUCCAGAGUGAUUCUGUGAGUGGGAAUACUAGAGAAAGAUUAAGGGAAGAGAAAGCAAAAUUGACAAAGCAGGUUCAAGAGAAGGAAGAACUUCUUCGGAGAUUAAAACUUGUCAAAAUGUAUAGAAUAAAGAAUAACGUGGCUGAGUUAGAAAUGUUAAUAAAGAAGUGGAGGAGGUGCAGCCAGCGGCUGCUGUAUGAGCUACAGUCAGUUAUGUCUGAGGACGACGAGAAACUCAGCAUCACCGAGCUGAUUGACUACUAUGGGGUAGAUGAGACCGUUGUGCACUAUAAUAGAAGUGAAGAGGAAUUUACAGGGGUUUGAAAAGUGUGUGCUUGUUCGUUUUCUUCAGGCUUUUUUUCUCUCCCUUUUGGGGUGAUGGGAUCAUGCCCAGGGCCUCAAAAUGUGCUCUGUUUCUGAGUAUAUUCUUGAUCCCCUACGGAAUAUCUGUGAGAGUGUUAAUGUGAAAAGUUAAGUGUUUUAAAGGGAGGAAAGAUGUAAGCUAUUGUGGCUUAGAGAAAGGUAUCUUGAACAGUUUAGGAUACUCUGAUACAUAAACAAAUUAUAAAAUGAAACUUAGUAUUUUGGAUAUGUUUGGUAAAGAAAAUAUUUAAGUAUUAAAAAAUUAAAUGAUGUUUAAAAGGGAGUUUGGAUAAUCUGGAAACCAGGUUUAAUACAUUGAUUUUGUGGCAAAAGGUUUUAUAUUCAGUGUUAAAAAGUAGUUUAUUGCAUGUCUAAACCUCACCUGGCCUAAAUGUAACCUGCCCCUCCUGAGUUAAUGAGCCUUGUCUUCAGUUGCUUAAUAUAUCUUUUUGUCCGCUAAUCUAGCAAGUAAUUAAACAUAUAUAUCCACA